GAACCACCCCGGGUUUUGUACCAAACCGGCGGGAACAGGACAUUCCAGUAGUUUAGUUUGUGGAAAAGAGGGCACCCAGCACUGUCCCCUCCCCCUUUCACUCACCCCAGUAAUCCCCGCCAGACAGGAGCCCUAGAUUUAAUUCAUGGGAAGAGCUUUGUAACUCUGUUUACUUAGUAAACAGGGCUAGCAGGCUCAGGCUGGGGUCUGCAGUUCAACAUUGAUGGGCCGCUGACAUGAAUUUGGAAGGAAGGAAGAAAGAAAGGAAGGAAGGGUUUCCCUAACAAGGUAAAUAAGCUCAAGAUACAGCUGCCUUGCUGGUACGUCUUUGAGAAGGAAGUUUGAACGAAGUCCAGUGUACACUCAGAAGUCCAUUGAACGAAGAUCUCUCCUUCCGGGUUGAGGGUCCUAAGGAAUGGCUAACCGUGUUUCCAUGUAUAGUAGUGUAUGUAGGUACAUGUGACUGUACCUGUGUUUCAUCAGUAAAUAUUCCAUUCCCAGUUUCUCAAAGUAAUGUGGGCCAUGAAGUCAGGCCAACUUCUCUGGGCUUUUCUGUUCAUGUACUCCUUGUGGCCUGUUCCAACUGAUGGGGCCAUUCGAGACUACUACCUGGGCAUCCAGGAUGUUCAGUGGAACUAUGCUCCCAAAGGAAGAAAUGUCAUCACAAACCAGACUCUGAACAAUGACACAGUGGCUUCCAGCUUCCUAAAGUCUGGUAAAAACAGGAUAGGGAGUAGUUACAAGAAGACUGUCUAUAAGGAAUACAGUGAUGACACGUACACUGAUGAAAUAGCCAAGCCCGCCUGGUUGGGCUUCCUAGGACCAUUGUUACAGGCUGAGGUGGGGGAUGUCAUCCUUAUUCACCUGAAGAAUUUUGCCAGCCGGCCUUAUACUAUUCACCCUCAUGGAGUUUUCUAUGAGAAGGACUCAGAAGGCUCACUGUACCCAGAUGGUUCUUCUGGGUCCCUGAAAGCUGAUGAUUCUGUUCCCCCUGGGGGCAGUCAUGUCUACAAUUGGACUAUUCCAGAAAGCCAUGCACCCACAAGUGCCGACCCAGCAUGCCUCACCUGGAUUUACCAUUCUCAUGUAGAUGCUCCACGAGACAUUGCAACUGGUCUCAUCGGACCCCUUAUCACUUGUAAAAAAGGAACCUUGGAUGGUAACUUCCCACCUCAGAGGAAGGAUGUGGACCAUAAUUUCUUCCUUCUCUUCAGUGUCGUAGAUGAGAACCUUAGCUGGCACCUUGAUGACAACAUUGCUACUUACUGCUCAGAACCUGCUUCAGUGGACAAAGAAGAUGGAGCUUUUCAAGAAAGCAACAGGAUGCAUGCAAUCAAUGGGUUUGUCUUUGGGAACUUGCCUGAGCUGAGCAUGUGCGCACAGAAGCAUGUGGCCUGGCAUUUGUUUGGCAUGGGCAAUGAAAUAGAUGUCCACACAGCUUUCUUCCAUGGACAGAUGUUGACUAUCCGUGGACACCGCACUGAUGUUGCUCACAUUUUCCCAGCCACUUUUGUGACUGCUGAGAUGGUGCCCCAGAAGUCUGGAACCUGGUUAAUUAGCUGUGAAGUAAACAGCCACUUGAAAAGUGGCAUGCAAGCCUUUUACAAAGUUGACUCUUGCUCCAUGGACCCACUUUUGGAUCAGCUCACUGGAAAAGUUCGUCAAUACUUCAUUGAGGCCCAUGAGAUUCAAUGGGACUAUGGUCCAUUAGGGCGUGAUGGGAGAACUGGGAAGAGUUUGAGAGAGCCAGGAAGUGGCCCAGAUAAGUACUUCCAGAAGAGCUCUAGUCGAAUUGGAGGUAUUUACUGGAAAGUUCGGUAUGAAGCCUUCCAAGAUGAGACAUUCCAAGAAAGGGUACAUCAAGAGGAAGAAACACAUCUUGGAAUACUGGGGCCAGUGAUAAGGGCUGAAGUGGGUGACACCAUUGAGGUCGUCUUCUACAACCGUGCCUCCCAUCCGUUCAGCAUACAACCCCAUGGUGUUUUUUACGAGAAAAACUCUGAGGGUACUGUGUAUAAUGAUGGCACAUCUCAUCCCAAAGUAGCUAAACCAUUUGAAAAAGUAAAAUACCGCUGGACAGUUCCUCCCCAUGCUGGGCCCACUAAUGAAGAUCCUGCCUGUCUAACCUGGAUGUACUUCUCUGCCACAGAUCCAAGAGAUACAAAUUCUGGCUUGGUGGGCCCUCUGCUGGUGUGCAAGGCUGGGGCCUUGGGUGCAGAUGGCAAGCAGAAAGGAAUGGAUAAAGAAUUUUUUCUUCUCUUCACUGUGUUUGAUGAGAAUGAGAGCUGGUACAGCGAUGACAACCAAGCAGCUGGUAUAUUGGAUUCCCGCCUGCUCUCAGAGGAUGUCGAGGGCUUCCAAGACUCCAAUCGAAUGCAUGCUAUUAAUGGGUUUCUGUUCUCUAACCUGCCCAGGCUGGACAUGUGCAAGGGAGAUACAGUGGCCUGGCACCUGCUUGGCCUGGGCACCGAAACUGACGUACAUGGCGUCAUGUUUGAGGGCAACACUGUACAGCUUCAGGGCAUGAGGAAAGGUGCAGCCAUGCUCUUUCCUCACACCUUUGUGAUGGCCAUCAUGCAGCCUGAUAAUCCUGGGGCAUUUGAAAUCUAUUGCCAAGAAGGCAGCCACCGAGAAGCAGGAAUGAGGGCAAUUUAUAAUGUCUCCCAGUGUUCUGGUCGUAAAGACAGCCCACGCCAACACUAUCAAGCAUCAAGAGUCUAUUACAUCAUGGCAGAAGAGGUAGAGUGGGAUUAUUGCCCUGAUAGAAGCUGGGAACUGGAAUGGCACAACACUUCUGAGAAGGACAGUUAUGGUCAUGUUUUCCUGAGCAACAAGGAUGGGCUCUUGGGUUCCAGAUAUAAGAAAGCUGUAUUCAGGGAAUACACUGAUGGUACUUUCAGGAUUCCUCGGGCGAGGUCUGGACCAGAGGAACACUUGGGAAUCCUGGGUCCACUUAUCAGAGGAGAGGUUGGUGAUAUCCUGACUGUGGUGUUCAAGAAUAAUGCCAGUCGACCAUACUCUGUACAUGCUCACGGAGUUUUAGAAUCUAGUACUGGUUGGCCACAGGCUGCUGAACCUGGUGAAGUACUUACAUACCAAUGGAACAUCCCAGAAAGAUCUGGUCCUGGACCCAGUGACUCUGCUUGUGUUUCCUGGAUUUAUUAUUCUGCAGUGGAUCCCAUCAAGGACAUGUAUAGUGGCCUGGUGGGACCCUUAGUCGUCUGUCGAAAGGGCAUAUUGGAAUCCAAUGGAAGCAGGAAUGAUAUGGACCGGGAAUUUGCUUUGUUGUUUUUGAUCUUUGAUGAGAACCAGUCUUGGUACCUGAAGGAGAAUAUUGCAAUAUAUGGGACAAAAGAAACAAGCCAUUUUAACCUACAAGAUGCAACUUUCUUGGAAAGCAAUAAAAUGCAUGCCAUCAAUGGGAAACUCUAUGCUAAUCUCAAGGGUCUUACUGUAUACCAAGGAGAACGAGUAGCCUGGUACAUGCUAGCCAUGGGCCAAGAUACUGAUAUUCACACAGUACACUUCCAUGCAGAGAGUUUCCUCUAUCAGAAUGGGCACAGUUACCGGGCAGAUGUGGUAGAUCUCUUUCCAGGAACAUUUGAGGUUGUGGAGAUGGUAGCCAGCAACCCUGGGACAUGGCUUAUGCACUGCCACGUGACUGACCAUGUUCAUGCAGGCAUGGAAACCAUCUUUACUGUCUUGUCUCAUGAAGAACAUUUCAGUACUAUGACUACCAUUACCAAAGAGAUUGGAAAAGCAGUGAUCUUAAGGGACAUUGAAGAAGGAAAUGUGAAGAUUCUGGGCAUGACGAUCCCCGUAAAGAAUGUCGAGAUUCUGUCUUCUGUUUUGAUUGCCAUAUGUGUGGGUCUACUGCUCAUUGCUCUGGCCCUUGGUGGUAUAGUCUGGUACCAGCAUCGACAAAGAAAGCUUCGGCGCAACAGAAGGUCCAUUCUUGAUGACAGCUUCAAGCUCCUCUCUCUUAAGCAGUAAUAGAUGAAGCCUAAAAAUAUCUUCAGAAAACACAGUUUGGAUGUACCUCAUGUUUCUAGAAGCCAUGUACUAGCAGCAAACUCUUUUGUCAAAGUGGGAGGGGUAAUGGAGAGGCAGAGGAUGGAAUCAAAAUUAUCUGGGUAUUUCUUUAUUUAUUUACAUGGAAAUCAUAUGCUCCACAUUUUCUUUAUUUUACUUGCAACCUGAGGCAGUUCUUUUGUAUACAAAUUUCAGCAGCGAGGAUAUGUCACCCUUGGGCACUGGAAGGUACAGAAAUUCCUAGAACAUAAUUAUUCUCACAGAAGAGAUACCAAGAAAAAGCUAUCUAAUUAGGUUUAUAAUUCAGGUACCUAGAUAGACAAAUGGACUUUUAAUUGAGGCCAAAUGAUGAGGCAGAAAGAUAACCCAUAGCUAAAUAAAGGACCAAGGACAUAGACAAGAUGAAAAAUGAGAGGUAGGGUUGGGAGUGGGAAUCCAAAUUUUACUUUAUCUUUGGCAACAGACUUUUAGAGAAAUAAAUGACUGGGUUGUGGUUGUCAUGUUACCUACAACCUCUGGAACUAGAAACACCUAUAAAACAGUUCUUCAAGUUUCUACACAGUAGAACUAAAAUGAACUUUGAGUGUCCUCUCCAUGUUUGAGAUAGCAAAUCUUGUCUAUUAAAGUACUUAUUAAAAUAUUGGAAUACUAAGUUUGGUGGUUGUGAUGAUUCCUGUGGCUACUAGGAGGUGGGAUUACAAGAGAAUUUCAAGGAUCUGGGGAGGCAUAUUAUAGAUGUAUAUAAUCUUUAUGGAUCUUGAAGAAUUCUGUGCUCUCUCAAAGUCAGUCUCCAUGUCAGAGUGGUAACAUCCUAGAGCAGAAGUUCUGUGGAUGCUAAGUAUUUUUGGAAUGUCGAGAAAAGUGGCCACAGAAGGUACUGAAACAAGAAUCAUACCUGUCCUCUGGGCAAAGAGAAGUAGGUGCAUGCAUGGUUACUUGGUGGGUGGGGUGGCUAUGUGAA